AGGCUUCGAUGUUACCCCUGUGCUCGAUUUCAACGAUGUGAUGUGCCAUAAAAAUCAAAUAACGUAAGUGUUGAGUUUACAUCGAACGAAUGGGAAAGGAGCAGGAGCUUGUGGAAGCCGCUCGCAAUGGGAAUUACUGCCAGGUCGAGAAGCUACUCAGUCUCCGCACGAAGCGAGUCGGACCCUUAGCGAGUUUGCGUCGAGGGCCAGGUCCCAAUGCGCAAGAUGCGAGUGGGUAUUCCGCUUUGCAUCAUGCGGCGCUCAACGGUCCCAAUGCGCAAGAUGCGAGUGGGUAUUCCGCUUUGCAUCAUGCGGCGCUCAACGGUCACAAGGAUGUUGUCGAGCUGUUGUUGUCACACGAGGCGUCGACGAAUUUGGUCGACUGCAAAGGCUCAACACCGCUGCAUCUCGCGGCUUGGACCGGCAAGUCUGAUAUCGUCGACGUUCUCUUAUCCCGAGGACCCUCCAUUCCGGACGUCAAUUGCAUGAAUCGAGAUAACGAUACUGCCUUGCAUUGCGCGGCACAAUACGGUCACACUGCAGUUGUGACCUUGUUGCUUGAGUAUUCCGGGGAUCCGACGAUCAAAAACAUGCGAGAUGAAACUCCGCUGGAUUUGGCUGCCCAAUACGGUCGCUUGGAUACCGUGGAUCUCUUGAUUCGGUCUCAUCCCGAACUACUUCUGCCGUAUUCGAAGGAAAAUUGCAAGCACAGAGCUUUUGGAAUCACGCCGCUGCAUUCUGCUUCAAGAAAUGGCCAUAAGAACGUGGUUAAUUUGUUGCUGAAGAGUGGCUUUGACGUGAAUGCCGUCACUCCUGUGGGUACAGCUUUGCAUGAAGCCACAUUG